AUGAAAUUCUUCGUAGCUAUUGCUUUGUUCGCCACCAUCUUCAGCGUUGUCUUGGCCGCACCAUCCAGCAGCGGUAGCUCCGCUUCGGCCGACCAAGAUGCCAAGGCGGAACAGAAUGUGCAAGCGGUUAACGUGCAGGCCUUACACGACUUGAGCCGCUAUCGUAAAUCAGCCUACGGUGCCGCUCCCAGCAUUCCAGCACCUCCUUGCCCCAAGAACUAUCUCUUCAGCUGUCAACCUCACUUGGCUCCAGUCGCUUGCUCCGCUCCAGCUCCAGCCCCAGCAUCAUACGGUUCAGCCGGUGCUUACACCGCACCCGUCCCAGCUUAUGUUUAUUGA